AUGGCAUCAGCGUGGUCCUGCUGGGUCCUCCUUCUGGUCCUGCCUGCCCUGACCCAUGCUGGGGGACCCGGUCCUGUCCUCGUCAGCCGCCCCUUUGUCACCAUCUGGAACAUCCCCACCGAGCGCUGCACCAAGAAGUACAAUGUCACCCUCAGCCUGGAGGUCUUUGAUGUGUUGGCCAAUGACGAGCAGUCCUUCAUUGGGGAGGACAUCACCCUCUUCUACAGCAACAAGAUAGGACUCUUCGCCUACUACACAUCUGAGGGGGUGCCAGUGAAUGGGGGGCUCCCCCAAAAUGCCAGCCUGGAGGCUCACAUCCACCAGGCCACCCAGGACAUCAAGGUGACCCUGCCCAGCCCUGACUACCGUGGGCUGGCUGUCAUCGACUGGGAGAAAUGGCGCCCACUGUGGAGCCACAACUGGGACUCCAUGGAGAUCUACCGGCAGAAGUCGGAGGAGCUGGUGCAGCAGCAGCACCCACAGUGGCCUCCCAAGGAGGUGGAGGAGAUGGCCAAGCAGCAGUUUGAGAGGAGUGCCUGUGAUUUCAUGAACAAGACCCUGUGGCUGGGCGAGAGCCUCCGUCCCAGUGCCUACUGGGGCUUCUAUGGUUUUCCUGACUGCUACAACAAUGACUUUGAUAGGCUGCCCUACAAUGGGACAUGCCCAGAUGUGGAGCAGCAGAGGAAUAAGAAUCUGUCCUGGCUCUGGAGGGGCAGCCGGGCGCUCUACCCCAGCAUCUACCUGCCCCUCCGCCUCAAAGGCACCAACAAGGUGCUCCCCUUCGUGCGGCACCGUGUGGCCGAGGCUUUCGCAGUCCAGCAUGGAAUCCUUGACAGUGGCAUCCCUGUCCUGCCCUACUCCCAGAUCACCUUUGAGAACACUCUGGACUUCCUUUCCCAGGAGGACCUGAUGAACACCAUCGGGGAGAGCGUGGCUCAGGGUGCUGCUGGCAUCAUUCUCUGGGGCAGCCUGGACUACAGCACCUCCAAGGAGAUGUGCCUAAGGCUGAAGGACUACGUGGAGGGACCCCUGGGCCACUACAUUGUCAAUGUGACAGCCAGCGCUGACCUGUGCAGCCAGACCCUGUGCUCCGGCCAGGGCCGCUGCGUGCGCCAGGACAAGCAGCAGGGCUACCUCCACCUCGACCCCUCCCGCUUCACCAUCCACCUGCAUGCUGGCAAGCCCUGGCUGGUGGGUCAGAGCCUGGAGCCUGGGGAGGACAUCUCCAAACUGGCCAAGGAGUUCAGCUGCCAGUGCUAUGACAAGUGGCAGGGACCCCGCUGUGACACCCAGGACUCUGCCAAGUGA